CUUUUAAAAAUGGACACUAUGAAGAAAUAUCCAGUGCUCACAAAUACACGGCCUGAGUUUAAACAAAUACCUGAUAAGCUAAACAAGCACUUGUCGAACUUGGGAGCGCCACAUGUGGACUCGUUUGAUGAAAUGCUUGGCGUUGGCUUGGACAACGUAGCCAAGCAUAUGAUAGCGCAGCAAUUUCAAACACCCGCCGGUGAGCGCAUAAGCCUGAAAGUGGAAAGUAUAUGGAUAACUAAGCCACAGGUGCCGCUGGAUGUAAUAGAUGCUCGCACACGUGAAGUGUAUCCCACAGAUGCGCGACAGCUGCAUGCCAGCUACUCGGGCAUGUGCUCAGUGCGCGUGGGCUAUAGUGUAAACGAUCUGGCAAAGACACCGCAAAACGCAGACUUGGGCGAAGUGCCUGUUAUGCUGCGUUCCAAGGCCUGCAAUUUGCACGAAGCAACGCCAAAGGAGAUGGUGAAGCAUGGCGAGCACGACAGUGAUUGGGGUGGCAUAUUUGUUAUACGCGGCAACGAGAAAAUUGUCCGAAUGUUAAUAAUGUCGCGUCGCAAUCAUCCCAUUUGUGUAAAGCGUUCGACCUGGAAGGAUCGUGGACACAACUUUAGCGAACUGGGCGUUAUGGUGCAGACAGUGCGUGAUGAUGAAACAUCGCUAACCAAUGUGCUGCAUUAUCUGCACAAUGGCACAGCGCGCUUUAUGUUCUCGCAUAUGAAGCGCUUGUCCUAUGUGCCAGUGUGUCUGAUACUCAAGUGCCUGAUGGAUUAUACGGAUGAGCAGAUCUACAAUUGCUUGGUGCAGGGCUAUGAAUCGGAUCAAUACUAUCUCAGCUGUGUGCAGGCCAUGAUUCGGGAUGUUCAUAGUGAAGGCGUCUAUACCUCAGCUGAAUGCCGCAACUUCAUAGGCACUCUGUUUCGUUCUCGCUUUCCCGAGGUGCCCGAGUGGUUGCCCGAUGAAGCAAUCACUGAGUUUAUACUACGCGAACGUAUUAUGAUACAUCUGCAGAGUAAUGAGGAAAAGUUCCAGCUGAUUGUGUUUAUGGUGCAGAAACUCUUUCAAUGCGCUCAAGGCAAAUAUAAAAUUGAGAAUGUGGACUCUUGCAUGAUGCAGGAAGUGCUGUUGCCGGGACAUCUAUAUCAAAAGUAUCUAGGCGAACGCAUUGAAAUGUGGCUAAUGCAGCUGCGCAGAUGUUUGCUCAAGAAACUGAUUACGCCGGAUGCGCUGCUGACUAGCGCUAUAAUGACGCAGUGCAUGCGUCAAGCUGGUGGCGUUGGACGCGCUAUUGAAUCCUUUUUAGCCACAGGCAAUGUCGCCACACGCACUGGUCUGGGCUUAAUGCAGAACAGCGGCUUGGUCAUUAUGGCCGAGAAUAUUAAUCGCAUGCGUUAUAUGUCGCAUUUUAGAGCAAUACAUCGAGGCUCUUAUUUCACCACCAUGCGCACUACAGAGGCACGUCAGCUGCUGCCCGAUGCCUGGGGCUUUGUGUGUCCUGUGCACACGCCUGAUGGCACGCCUUGUGGUCUGCUUAAUCACUUGACCUUGACCUGUGAGCUUUCCAGGCGUCCAGAUCCAAAGCUGGUGCAGGCUAUACCACAAAAGCUUUAUGAGAUGGGCAUGCUGCCAUUAACGCAACACAGCUAUCCGGAUGCCAAGCUGUAUGUAGUGCUGCUCGACGGCAAACAACUAGGACAUAUAUUCCAAAAUGAUGCUACUAAAAUUGUUGAAGAUUUGCGUUAUGCCAAAAUUACAGGCGCCGUGCCGAAAAUGCUGGAAAUUGGCUUUAUACCUAUGAAGAAAAAUGGGCAAUUUCCAGGACUUUAUCUAUUUACGGGUCCAGCACGCAUGAUGCGUCCUGUAUGGAACUUGAAAUGGAAGCAAGUGGAGUACAUAGGCACGCUGGAGCAGCUGUAUAUGGAAAUUGCCAUUGAUGAGCGUGAAAUGUAUCCAGACUUUACCACACACUUGGAGCUGGCCAAAACGCACUUUAUGAGCAACUUGGCUAAUCUUAUACCCAUGCCGGACUACAAUCAAUCACCACGUAAUAUGUAUCAAUGUCAGAUGGGUAAACAAACAAUGGGCACGCCCUGUCUCAAUUGGCCCAAACAGGCAGCCAACAAGCUUUAUCGUCUGCAGACGCCAGGCACGCCGCUGUUUAGACCCGUGCACUAUGAUAACAUACAGCUGGACGACUUUGCCAUGGGCACUAAUGCUAUAGUGGCUGUCAUUUCCUAUACUGGCUAUGACAUGGAGGAUGCUAUGAUUAUUAACAAGGCUGCCUAUGAGCGCGGCUUUGCCUACGGCAGCAUCUACAAAUCCAAGUUUGUGCAGCUGGCCAAGAAGCAAAGCUACUUUGCGCGUCAUCCACAUAUGCCAGAGCUGGUCAAGUACUUGGACACAGAUGGUUUGCCACAUCCAGGCACUAAGUUGACAUAUGGCUGCCCGCUUUACUGUUACUUUGAUGGUGAAGUUUCCACUUUUAAGGUAGUCAAAAUGGAUGAGAAGGAGGAAUGUUUUGUGGACAGCAUACGUCAGCUGGGCAGCUUUGAGCUCUCGCCACGUAAAACAGUCUGCAUCACGCUACGUGUGCCACGUCCUGCUACAAUAGGCGACAAGUUCGCCUCGCGUGCUGGACAAAAGGGCAUCUGCUCGCAAAAAUAUCCCGCCGAGGAUUUGCCUUUUACCGAAUCUGGUCUCAUACCCGAUAUUGUAUUCAAUCCUCAUGGUUUCCCCUCGCGUAUGACAAUUGCUAUGAUGAUCGAAACAAUGGCGGGCAAGUCAGCUGCCGUGCAUGGUGGCGUCUAUGAUGCUACGCCUUUUCGCUUUUCGGAGGAGCAUACCGCCAUUGAUUACUUUGGUAAGAUGCUUGAAGCUGGCGGCUAUAAUUACUACGGCACUGAGCGUCUCUAUUCCGGCGUCGAUGGACGCGAAAUGACUGCGGACAUAUUCUUUGGUGUGGUGCAUUAUCAGCGACUGCGUCACAUGGUGUUCGACAAGUGGCAGGUGCGCUCCACGGGCGCUGUUGAGGCACGCACCAAUCAGCCCAUCAAGGGACGCAAACGUGGUGGCGGCGUGCGCUUUGGUGAAAUGGAACGCGAUGCUUUAAUUUCACAUGGCGCCGCCUUCUUGCUGCAAGAUCGUCUCUUCCACAAUUCGGACAAGACGCACACGCUCGUCUGCCACAAGUGCGGCAGCAUACUGGCGCCUUUGCAACAGAUUGUGAAGCGCAAUGAAACUGGCGGACUCUCCUCCAAGCCGGAUACGUGUCGCUUGUGCGGCGACAGCAGCGGCGUGUCCAUGAUUGAAAUACCAUUCAGCUUCAAGUUCCUGGUCACCGAGCUGAGCUCGGUUAAUAUUAAUGCCAGAUUUAAGCUGAAUGCAAUAUAAAUUAACUUAGCUUGUUGACAACGUUACAAAUUUAAACUUG